AUGGGCAACCGAGUGCGCGCGAUCUGGUACCAGCGAGACUCGCAAGAGAUGGAUCACUCAGUUCCGCGCCAGAUCAUCGGUGGCGUAUAUCGCAAGCGUCGUCAGGAUGUGCUGCGAUGGGAUGGUUGGGGCUAUAAGGAUUCACAGUUUGUGUACCACAACGGUGAGGUGUCGUUUCUGGGUGAGGGGUAUCCAAUUGGCGGCGCAAAAUUGGACAAUUUCCGAAAUUGGUUCGAAGAAACAUUCGAUGUAGACUUCGCGCGAUCGAAUCCACCCACCAACCCUCCAACAGAUUUCCCCGAACCAUUGAGGAAUGGGGAUUUUCUGUCCGGAUUGAAGCAAGCGGGCGUGGAAUUUUCGGAGGAUGGAAUGGAUCGCAUGAUGAGGUGUCACGGUCAAACGCUGGCUGACAUUGAAAGUCUGCGGAAACAUAAAUUCGAACGAUUGCCGGAUGUGGUUAUCUGGCCAAAUAGCCACGAGCAAGUGGUAAAAAUAGUGGAACUGGCUGCUGUGCACAAUAUUGCCCUAGUUCCGGUCGGUGGAAACACAUCGGUUUCGCUGGCAUCGACAACUCCGUUGAUUUAUGACAGAACGAUCGGUUGUUUGGAUAUGACGCAGAUGAAUCGAUUACUUUGGCUGUCCGAGGAAAAUUUAACUGCCUGCUUCGAAACUGGAAUCGUCGGCCAGGACAUCGAACGAGAACUAAGCCAACACGGCUUCACACUGGGUCACGAACCGGAUUCACAUGAAUUCUCCACUCUGGGCGGCUGGAUUGCAACUCGGGCUUCCGGGAUGAAGAAAAAUCGCUACGGAAAUAUUGAAGAUAUCGUUGUGCGGACAAAAAUGGUCACUGGGAAAGGUGUGCUGGAGAAACAAUUCACUGCGCCCAGAGUUUCCGUUGGACCGGACUUCGAUCAUGUGAUAUUCGGUUCCGAAGGUACUCUGGGAGUUGUUACAGAGGCUGUGGUGAAAAUUCGUCGCGUACCGGAUGUGAUACAUUGCGAAUCGCUGGUGUUUGGGAACUUUGAAAAGGGAGUUCGAUUCUUGCGUGAAGUGGCUGAGAAGCGUUUGCAACCGGCCAGCAUUCGAUUAAUUGAUAAUGUACAAUUUAAGUGUGGAAUGCUGUUGGAGCCAAAAGGAUCUCUUUUAGCGGGAUUUUAUGAAUUUGGAAAAAAGUUCUACCUAACGACAAUUUGUGGAUUCCAAUUGGAUAGUGUAGUGGCGGUAACGAUGUUGUUCGAAGGUGAAGCCAAAAGUGUUGUACAUCACGAAAAGCAAGUGUUAGAGAUUGCCAAGAGACAUGGUGCCAUUCAAGGAGGUGAAAAGAAUGGCAGAAAAGGAUAUAUGUUGACGUUCGUUAUAGCAUACAUACGGGACUUCAUCUGGGAUUACAACAUCGUUGGUGAAUCUUUCGAGACCUCCAUCGCCUGGGACAAAUGCAUCCAACUGUGUACGAACGUGAAGGCCUGCAUCGAACGCGAGGUAGCCAAACGCAACAUAAAAUAUUUCGUUGUAUCGACUCGGGUCACGCAAAGCUAUGACGAUGGCGCUUGCAUAUAUUUUUAUCUACUAUUCAAACAUGUGGACGCUCGGAAAGACCCACUGGUGUUGAUGAUGGAAAUCGAGGAGAUUGCCCGGGAUGAAAUUCUUGCUUGCGGGGGUACACUUUCCCACCAUCACGGUGUGGGCAAAUUGAGAAGCAGAUGGUAUCCGGCCAGUGUUUCCCAGGUCGGCGUUGGGUUGUACGAUGCGAUCAAGAGUGAGCUGGAUCCGAAGAAUAUUUUUGCCGCGGGAAACUUGGUUGGUACGGAGGGUUAUAGGAAGGCAAAGUUAUAA